UCACUGCGGAGUGGGAAUGGAAUCAGCCCUUCAUCUGGACCAAGGGAUCACAGCCAUGAUUAAGUGCAUGUAGGUAGUGGUCUGUGGUCAGGGGCAGCAGACCUGAACACAUGUAGUCCUGCUGGCAUCUGUCUGGGGACCUUCAGGACAUUACACCUGUCUUGUGGAUUUGGUGGUUCAGAAAAUCAAGGAUGACGCAAAGGUGAAGAGAAUCCCAGGUUUGUUUUGGUGACCAUUUAUAAUCACUCAGCAAGAUGAAGGUGAGCUGGACCGUGGUGGGCUUGGUUGUCUUCUUCCUGCUCUCGGUGGUCAUGACUAUUUGUUUCAUUUGGCAGUACAGGAUGCCGAAAAUGGAGACAGAACUGCUUGUAAAAGGCCAGGAAAUGGAAGAGAUGUGUCCCCACUUCCCUGAGCCUGGGCCCCUGAAACAUCCCAUCCCAUCACUGAGGAUGGCACUAGAAAAGGUUGAUGUGCUCUUAAGGUCCAGUGUUCACCGUGUUAAACUACCAGCCAUAUCAGCUAUUGCAGUUCUAAAUGACUCUGUGCUGUGGAAUGGAAAUUUUGGGAAGAGGAACAUAAGCGACCCCUCCUCCUCUGCACCCAAUGAGUACACAGUGUACAGAAUUGCAAGCCUCUCUAAGAUCUUCCCAACACUGAUGCUGUACAAACUUUCCGAGGACAACCUAUUAGACUCCCUGGAUGACCCUCUGGACAAGUAUGUGGAAAACUUCACCAUCAAGAACCCUCUGGGAAAGAGUGGAAUGCCACUCACAAACGGGAGUUUCAGAAGCCGCUUACCUGCACUCACCUUACGUCGGAUGGCCAGUCAGCUGUCAGGUUUACCCCGAAGAUUAAGGUCAACUAAUCUCCUUUGGAGUGGAGACACACAGGAGGCUCUUAAUUUACUCCAGGAUGAUGUUCUUGUGGCAGAUCCAGGCACCAAGUGUCACUACAGCAAUGUUGCCUUUUCCUUACUGGCCAAUAUCUUGGCCCAGAAGGUGACAGGCACAGACUUUGAGAGCUGGGUGUCGGAGAACAUACUGGAGCGGCUCCACAUGGUAGACACUGGGUUCAACAUAACACCAACCAUUAAAAGACAGAUGGCCGUGGGUGUGUACAGUAACGGUCAGCCAGCUCCGCUCUACAACCUCGGCUGGUAUCGACCUGCGGGUCAGAUGUAUUCCACCACAGCUGACAUGGCCAAGCUCAUGAUGGCUCUUCUGGGUGCGUAUGGUGGGUCAAUUCUCCGUCAGGACACCUUGAACACGAUGCUGACCCCGGUGUUCCGCUGCCACAGUAGCUAUUUUGCCAACUCCACCGGUACGCCAUGGGAGAUUAAUGAGCAAUUUGGCUACGAUGUUGUGAGAAAGGAUGGGGACUUAGAUGGCUACGCUGCCACUCUGUCGCUCGUGCCAAGGCUCAAGCUGGGACUGGUGAUCCUCAUGGCGGGAGUGAGGCCAGCAGACCUGGACCUUGUGAGAGAGGCCUACAAAUACCUCAUUCCUGCCGUGGAGAGUGCUUUCAGGGAAGCUCAACAAAUUCUGAGACCGCCUCCUGACCCAUUCCCAUAUAUGGGCUUUUUCACCUACAGGAAUAUGACGUUUUAUGAGAUUAAGGCGGAUUCAGCUGGAGUUCUGGUCAUGCAACAGUUUGGACCACAGGUGAACGCAUCUGUGCCGUCUAAGUACCGAACAAUUCGUCUGGAUUACCUCCAGGACAGAGUGUUCAGGGUUGUGUUUGAAAGUCCGUACCCCUGCAAGAUGAAGGUCAACAGUGCCUCAGUCUCCCUGGAGACACAGGACAGACAACUCUUUAACUUUUAUGUUUUCAACAAGAAAGGGGUGUCACCAGGAUUUGAUUCUCCAGGACUGAACACUUAUAAGGUAGUGAGAAUACCCAGCAGGCCUUACUUUACUUCAUAAAGCAGUUUCACCUGUUUGCCAUUGGCACUGGGGUCCUGUGUCAAGGACAAAUGCACUGGGAAUCAUGAUGUUCAAAAUACAGGGUUGUGUUUUAUGUGCUGUCAGUCAUUAUGUAAAAAUGCAUUCUAGUACUUGAAGUACAGUACUAAAUGUGUUUAUCAUAAUCCAUUUGAUAUUCUGCUUCAAAAACCAUUUUAUUACAGAGUCAAAACGUCAAAAGAAUCUCAUGAAAAUACUGUUACUACUGAACAAUAUAAAUGUUUCUGUGUUUAAAGGACAAA